AAUGGGAGGGCACUCCUGCUGCCACAAGCAGAAGCCAAGAAAAGGCCUCUGGUCUCCUGAGGAAGAUGAGAAGCUCAUCAAGCACAUUAACAAGUAUGGCCAUGGGUGUUGGAGCACUGUCCCUAAUCAAGCAGGUCUUCAAAGGUGUGGAAAGAGCUGCAGAUUGAGGUGGAUCAACUACCUGAGGCCUGACCUCAAGAGAGGUACAUUCUCACAGCAGGAGGAGGACCUCAUCAUCGAACUCCAUGCAGUCCUGGGAAACAGAUGGUCAAAGAUUGCAGCACAUUUGCCGGGGAGGACGGAUAACGAGAUCAAGAAUUUGUGGAAUUCCAGCAUCAAGAAGAAGCUAACACAGAGAGGUAUCGACCCCAGUAGCCACAAGCCACUUGUCAAGGUUGAUGGUGGUGAUGAUGAUAAGGUGGCCAGCAACAGCGACAAGAAUUCUGACUCCAGCGAUCUCCAGUCGGUGAUUGAUAAGUCCAUGGAUGAGAGCAGCACCUUGAAGAAAGAAAUAUUCUUGGACCAGUUCCUCACGAGUUCAUCAAGCUGCUGUUCUUCCAAUUCAAUGGGUUAUCUCCCUUUUCCACAGGUAAGCUUUGCUCCUGACUACAGCAGCAGCAGUCAGGCGACUUCCAUCACGAUCAACUCGAAUCCACUCUUCUGGUUGAACUGCAAUGCAAUAUCCACCCCAAUCACAACUCUUUCGACUUCCAUGGCUCUGCCACCAAGCUAUGAAGAAGAAGAUGAUACAAUCCCUGGCUGGUACACUGGCAACCGGAAAAGCGUAAAUGAUGGUGGUCGCAUCAUGCUGCAGAGCACUUGCUCCUUCGACAGUGGCGUCUUCUCCUGCUCAGAAUUGACAUCUGAGAAAGAUGUGCAAGCCCACCUCGGAGACGAGAUGGAGGACCUCAAAUGGUCAGAGUACCUUCACGGUGCAUUCCAAAGCCAACCCAUGUAUGGUGACAUCAAGACAGGAAACCAAUCCCCCAUGAACACUGUGAGUUCUUUGUACCAGAACCAGCAACUGCGGCAGGAGUUGCAAGCUUCAGACAUCCAUGGCAAGAGGUUCCACUCUGUAUCUCUGGGCUUUGAGCAUCUAUAGAUUGGGAAAAGAUCAGAACGACAAAAAGGAGUUCUGCUCUCAACAGACAAAUCAACUUACAAAGCUUGAGCAGUAAAAUUCUUCGAAGUCAUAGAGCAUGCAUACCUUAUACUUCUUUUCUCGUUCAUCUAGGGCUGAUGAUAUACAAAUUCUAUCAGCUCUUCAUCCUUGCAUAUUCUGUGGAGCGUCAAAAACAAAAGCUUGUAGUAACCAGUGUCUUUCACUUUAUUCUUAUAUAUCCUUGCUUUCAUGGCUUUGCAAUCA